CGCCGCAUCCACCGUGAACCGAAUUCAAAGGAGGUCGUGCACCACCUGGCUGUACCAAACCUCAAUACAUCAGGGAGCCAAGGGAAGAUUGCGGCACAAGGACAACCAUCGGCGAAGCAGGAAACAUCGCUCGCCACUCAGCCGCAAGUGUCCGGGAUGCGUCCGCCACCACAGGAUGAAAAACAGAGCGGGGGGGAAAUAGAAAAUUCGCCAGAGCCAGGAGAGGCUCCAGCAACCUCUGAUACCACGCUCGUUACGAGCUCCGGAACUGAAGGCCAAAUCCCUCAGUCAUCCUCACCUCGGUCUGGAAGUGACAAUGUUACUCAUCAAAGUGAACAGCACCCUGAGGCGCCACUCGGCAAUACUCAGCAGGAUGAUGCCGCAGUGGCCGAUGAGGAGCGUCGUCGUGGAGAAACUGGUGGUAUUCCGACAGACUCUCAUCGAGGUCCAGAAGCGGCAGCAGCGACCAACGCCAAUGCAAAAGUUGCGCCACCUACUGAGGGCAGUGACGGCAGCACCGCGGUCUCCCACACCACCUCCCCUCUUUUGCUUCUUCUUGUUGUUGCGUGUGCGGCUGCGGCUGCGGUGGUGGCCGCGUGA